AUGGAGUUAUUUGACGUGACGUCUUUGUACAUAAACGUCCAAAACAAACAGGCGUUACAAGCGUUAUCUGAAAUGCUAGAUAGACACGGCCGUAGUAUAGAAACUUUUGGUCUAAGCAAGCAACGCAUAAUGAUCCUGAUCAACGAAUGCCUCCAGUGCAAUUUUUUUGAAUGGUCAGGAAAAUAUUUCUCUCAAAUAAGAGGACUUGCUAUGGGCCAAAGCCUUGCUCCAGUUCUUGCCGUUUGCUUUAUGAGCAGUAUAGAACAACCAGUGAUAGAACGUCUCCCACAGAUGUACUGCCGUUAUAUCGAUGAUUGCUUCAUUAUAGCAUCAACGCAAUCCGAAAUGGACGAAUGCUUUAGAAUUCUGAAUGAACGAUCGCAGUACAUAAAACUCACUCGAGAACAACCAAAAGAUGGAUGGCUGCCUUAUUUGAAUGCUCAAAUAAAACUACACAAUGGCAUUGCAAGUGUGAAAUGGUAUCGCAAAGAAAGCUCGAAAAACAUACUGAUAAACGCAAAGUCAGCCCGUUGA